UAAUGGUAGGGAAAGAGAUUCAAUUUUUGGAAUGCACUCUCAUAUUCAAAGUUCCAGAAUCAAAUGAGAUUUAUUAUUUUAAGAAUGGAGUUCCUUAAGGUUCCUCUUUAUCUUCAGGCUUGUUUAAUAUAUAUUUAGAAGCAUUUAUGGAGUAAGUUGGAAGAAAGGCUAAUAUUUAAUAUGAUAACUUUGAAUAUUCAGAUGAUUUAACAGUUUUAAUUAAAAAUUAAUACAUUAAUUCUUUUAUUAGAUGUUUGGGUGAAGAAAAUAUGAAAUUGGAUUUGAAGGUUAAUAAAGACAAAUGUGAAAUUAAUAAGUUGAAAUAAGAGAAAUAACAUGAUAAAUAUAUUGAAGGUAUUCCAAUUAUAGAUAAAUAUACUUAUUUAGGGAUCAUAAUUAAUAGGUAAGGGAAUUUAAAGGUCAAAAUUAUGAAAAUUAAGUAAAGGGUAAAUAUUUUAAGCCCCAGAAAUUUAGAAUAAGGUAAUAAUUAUAAUCCAGGUGUUGGUCUUUCUUUUUUAAAUGAUAACAAGAACUACUUUUCUUUAAGGUAUUUAAUUAAUAAUUUUUAUGUUUAGAAUAAAAAAAUAUUCUAUAGUAAAUCAAUAACUUUAAAUAAUAACCGAAGUUCCUCGAAAAAAAGAUAAAACAAUUAUAAAAUUAAUCAUUUCAAUGUUAAAACCGAACCCUCUAAAAUGAUU